UUUUGAUUAUUAUAUACAAACAGAAAAAGCUUCAUCAUCAUCAUAACAAUGGCUACCGGAGCACCAUCACGUUCGUUUUUGCAAGUGGCGGCGACGGAAGAGUCUGUUGCUCCGCCACUAAGAGUCGUUCAGAUCGAAGGACUGGUUAUAUUGAAGAUCAUUAAACACUGCACAGAAUUUUCACCCGCUCUCGUGACUGGUCAACUUCUUGGGUUAGAUGUUGGUAGUGUUCUUGAAGUCACCAACUGCUUCCCCUUUCCGAUCCGUGAGGAAGACGAGGAGAUUGAGGCAGAGGGUGCUAACUAUCAGCUUGAGAUGAUGAGAUGCCUAAGGGAAGUCAACGUUGACAAUAACACUGUCGGAUGGUACCAAUCGACUUUGUUAGGCUCUUUUCAGACAGUGGAACUGAUUGAGACUUUCAUGAAUUACCAGGAGAAUAUUAAACGAUGUGUGUGCAUCAUUUAUGAUCCUUCUAAGUCCAACCAAGGUGUCCUGGCUUUGAAGGCUUUGAAACUUUCUGAUUCUUUCAUGGAGCUUUACCGCAACAAUGAGUUCAAUGGAGAAAAGUUACGGGAGAAAAAUCUGUCAUGGGUGGAUAUCUUUGAAGAGAUUCCUAUCAAGGUUUCAAACUCGGCCCUUGUCAGUGCAUUUAUGACUGAGUUGGAAGCUGAUUCACCCGUCACUCAGUCUGAUUACGAUAGACUACAAUUAUCAACAAAUCCCUUCAUGGAAAGGAACAUGGAAUUUCUGAUUGAAUGCAUGGAUGAUCUCUCAGUGGAACAACAAAAGUUCCAAUAUUAUUACCGUAAUCUGUCACGCCAGCAAGCACAACAGCAAGCAUGGCUUCAAAAGCGAAGGGCUGAAAAUAUGGCACGCAAAGCUGCCGGAGAGGAACCUUUGCCCGAGGAGGAUCCUUCAAACCCCAUCUUCAAACCUGUUCCUGAACCACCACGAUUGGAUAGCUUUUUGAUAACAAAUCAAGUUUCCAACUACUGCAAUCAAAUUAACAGUGUUGCAGGUCAGAGUUUCAGCAGGUUGUAUUUGAUGAAGGCAUUACAUGAAAACUAAAGAUGUGCUGAGGCCAUGAAAUAUUUUCUAUAGCUAUCAAAUUGGUUAUGAACCACAUAUGUUGGCUGGUUGUAUCUUUUAUUUUUGCUUGCUUUUUAUUGGUAAGAGGAUUGGUAUGGUAGGAGAAUUUUGAUGUAAAGACUAAUUUCAAGAGUUUCAUUAUAAUCUAUUUUGUGCUGUUUUGGUAA